GGUGGAUUUUCUCACAGAGCCUUAGAUCCAAUCAGAGCAGCACUGAAUCCUAAUAAACUUCUCAUUGUCUGCUAACCAGCAGUCACACAGACAGACUCACAGGCAGACAGACAUGUUGAGGCUGGUGUUGGUGGUGGUGCUGUUGAUGUGGACAUGGACGAGCUCAGCGCUGGUCAGGAUCCCUCUGAGGCGGACAAACUCGAUUCGCACUCAGCUGCGAGCUGACGGCCAGCUGCACGAGUUCCUGAAGAAUCACCGUCCUGACAUGUUUAACCGGCGUUAUGCUCAGUGCUUCCCGCCCGGCACGCCGUCACUGCGGCUCGGACGCUACAGCGAGAAGAUCUACAACUACAUGGACGCUCAGUAUUAUGGUGAAAUUACUUUGGGGACUCCGGAGCAGAACUUCUCUGUGGUUUUUGACACCGGCUCAUCCGACCUCUGGGUGCCAUCUUCCUACUGUGUCAGCCAAGCCUGUGCAUUACACAGGUGUUUCAGGGCAUUUGAGUCAACUUCAUUCCAUCAUGAUGGUCGAAUGUUUGGGAUUCACUACGGAUCAGGACACCUGCUGGGAGUCAUGGCCAGAGACACACUGAAGGUUGCGGGUCUGUCUGUCAUGAACCAAGAGUUCGGGGAGUCAGUCUACGAGCCUGGUGGCGCAUUUGUAAUGGCGAGGUUCGAUGGUGUCCUGGGGAUGGGUUACCCGUCUCUGGCAGAGAUCCUUGGAAACCCUGUUUUUGACAACAUGUUGGCGCAGAAGACGGUGAAGGAGCCUGUCUUCUCCUUCUAUCUCAGCAGGAAAACAAGUAGCAGUAACCCAGAAGGUGAACUAUUGCUUGGUGGAGCAGACGAGGAGUUGUAUACGGGACUAAUCAACUGGCUCCCUGUGACUGCUAAGGGAUACUGGCAGAUUAAGAUGGACAGUGUGGCGGUGCAGGGUGUGAAUUCGUUCUGUCCACAUGGUUGCCAGGCGAUUGUUGACACUGGAACCUCUCUUAUCGCCGGGCCGACCAAUGACAUCCUCAGCCUUCAGCAGUUGAUUGGAGCCACACCUACAAACAUAGGAGAGUUCCUUAUCGACUGUGCAAGAUUGUCCAGUUUGCCUCAUGUGACAUUCAUCCUGGGAGGAACAGAGUACACACUGACUGCUGAGCACUACGUUAGGAAGGAAAUGCUUGGCGACAGGGAGUUGUGUUUCAGUGGUUUUCAAGCUGUGGACAUUUUUUCCUCCGAAGGCCCUCUGUGGAUUCUGGGAGAUGUUUUUCUGACAGAGUUCUACAGCAUCUUCGACAGAGGACAGGACCAAGUUGGCUUUGCCCGUGCUAAGCACCCAACCGAAGACUGA